CAAUAAAAAUGCGAGCUGCCUACCGUUGACGGUCGUGGGUGGGACUUCCUCGCAUUUGUUAUGAAGAUGUCAUUCGUAAGGGGAGCUAUGAUAUCUGCGUCAAAGUCAAAACUUCUGAGCUUUGCCAGGACAGCUACUCUCCUCAACAACCCUAAUGUGAGCCAACAGUUACACCGUGUCCACCAACCCCCCCUGCCCCUUUACACAGCGGGGCUUCAGCGGUUCAGCAGCGCCUCAGCCCAGGAGAAGCCUGCGGGUCCAUCUGAAGACAAAGUACACCUCACUGAGUCAUGUGUUAAGAGACUCGGGGAAAUCAUGGAGAAGGGCGAGUACCUGAGGAUACAUGUGGAGGGAGGAGGCUGCUCCGGCUUCCAGUACAAGUUUUCUGUUGUUUCUAACAAGACUGAAGAUGACAGAUUGUUUGAGCAGGAAGGAGUGGGCAUUCUCGUGGAUCAGGACAGCCUGGAGUUUGUGAAAGGAGCCACCUUGGACUUCACCCAGGAGCUCAUCCGCUCCACCUUCCUAGUACUUAAGAAUCCCCAGGCUGAUCAUGGCUGCUCAUGUGGCAGCUCCUUCUCUGUCAAAUUAUAAGGCUACUUCCCUGUGUCAAUAUUAUUUAUUACCCUAACUUACCAGUUUAUUAGAAUAUUAAAAACACUUCUUAAUAUAAAGCACUCUCAACACAAUCACCAUAGAGAUUCUUCAACUUUAAAAAUUAUAUAUUAUAUUAUACGCGUCACAAACAUAUCAUUUAUUGCAGUGUUGUUAUGUGGGGUUGGCUUUAACAGUACGAUGUUUACCUAAUAAACUGCUAACUAUGGGUAUUUAAUUAUAUUGAACUAUCUGAUAUUUUGAAUUCCUUAUAUAUUUCACUAAAUCUGAAAGUGGUAGUUGAUCUUUGUCUGGAAAAAUGUGUGUUUUUCAGGUGUGAAACUACUUUGGAUGGAUGGAAAGCAGAAGUAUCGAUUAAUUAUUACGCUUAUUUUGCAGAUAGUGUACUGUCAGCUGUAAUGUUACAUAUUCCAACAAAAGAAGUAUUCAGUGCUUAGAUCUGCCUUUGUGUGUAAAAUAUGUAAAUAGGCCAUGAAAAAUGAUGCUUUAUUAUAUUUGUUUCAUCUGAAAUAAAAUUCAAUUUCAGUU